CGGAAGUUCAGCCCCAGACGAAAAGAAAUACACACAGUGAAUCCUGCGGUGACUCUAACCUUUUCCUAUCUCUAUGCGAAGCCGUCGCUGGGGAAGGUUUGCUACUAAAUAGCGCAGCAGCAGAGAAAGAGGCGGACCGGGGAGGAAGGGGGGGCACGUGCAGAGGAGCUCAGUGCAGCUGUCCAGAUUGCUGUCGUUUAUUCCUGAGCUGCUGGAGUUACUGGCGAAGAUGAAGAUGGAGGAAGACGCUGCAACAGGAUGCGCCCCAGAGGAGGCACUGGAGGGGGCAGGAAGAGACCAGGAUCAGGAUGCUGUAGACUGCAAACCCAAGAUGGAGGACAGAAGGCAGCCCCCGGAAUCAAUGAGAUCCCCUCAGAAAGCAGCUCCGCAGCCGGUGAAAGAGGAGCCGGAAGAGGGCUUCUCCCACCAGUGGGAAUCCCAGUGGCAGGACUUUCUGAGGACGGGGGAGCCCCCUUACCAGGGCCCAGAAGCCCAGCCUGAGGAGCCCACGCUGUGGGGCGACACAAAGGCCUUUCUGGCCUCUUUUGAGCAAGUGGCUGCCGCCUGCCGCUGGCCCCGGGAGGAGUGGGUGGCGCGGCUCUUGCCGGCCCUCCGAGGAGAAGCCGCGUUGGCCUUUGGCUUGCUGGAGGACAGAGACCGGGAGGACUACGGGAAGGUGAAGGCGGCCCUCUUGCACAGAGAUGCCCUCAGCCGGGAGAGGCGGCGGCAGCACUUCCGGCGCUUCGGCUAUGGGGAGGCCAAGGGGCCCCGGGCCGUCCAUGGGCGACUCCAGGAGCUGUGCCACCAGUGGCUGGCCGUCGAGAGGCACUCCAAGGAGCAGAUCCUGGAGCUCCUGAUCCUGGAGCAGUUCCUGACCGUCCUGCCACCCGAUAUCCAGGGCUGGGUGAGGGAACGGGGCCCCGAGACCUGCUCCCAGGCAGUGGCCCUAGCGGAGGACUUUCUGCUCAGGCAGCAAGGGGCCGAAGGAGACGGAAGCCAGGUGGCCUUUGAGGUGGUGGCUGUGAAUUUCUCCGAGGGAGAAACUGCUCCUGCUGGUGGGGAGCAGGAGGGGGCCCUGUGCGCUGAAGCAAAGCAGGAGGAGGAGGACCAGGAAGCCAGCAAGUUGGGCAAAGAAUGGAUGGCCGCACACGAGAGGGAGACGUUCACAGCGGAAGAUUCGGGCCGAGCAGGGGUGUCCCUGUGGAAAGCGGAAGAGGUGGUUCCCCAGUGCCGCUUCCAGGAAAAUGCUGACACCAGUCCGGAGAGGCCUGAGGGCCAGCUGAGGACCGACCCCGGAGGGGAUGGAGACGCAUCUGUACCUUAUGGGGGAGAUUACACAGCCCUCAUUGUGACCACCGUCCAGGCAGGAGUGGAGACAGGGAAGAAGCGGAAUACCUGCCGAGCUUACGGGAAAAGCUUCAGCCCGGGUUCCAGCGUGCUCAAGAGCCGCCGAGCGGGAGCCAAAGCCCACAAAUGCCAGGUCUGCGGGAAGUUCUUCCUUUCCGGCUCCAAGCUCAUCAUCCACCAGAGGACCCACACGGGGGAGAAGCCCUACGAAUGCUCGUCUUGUGGGAAGACGUUCAGGUCCAGCUCGGUCCUGUACCGUCACCAGAGGAUCCACACGGGAGAGAAGCCUCACAAGUGCCCCGUCUGCGGUAGGAGGUUCGGCAGCAACUCCAACCUCAGUCGGCACCAGAGGAUCCACACCGGGGAGAAGCCGUACGAGUGCGCGGAAUGCGGGAAGAGCUUCAUCCAGAGGGCCAACUUGAAUAAGCACCACAAAAUCCACCAGGGGGACGGAAGAAGCCGGGAGGGUUUCAGCACGAGCUGAAAGCGCAAAGUGGGUGUAAAUUGUGUGCACACAGGAGGAAACCGCUUAAGAGACUGGAUCGUGCAGCGACACUUUUCAGAGGAAUAUUUCAGAAAGGACACAGAAAUUCCUGUGUUGCAGCGGGUUGGGCUGGAUGACCCUAAGGGUCCCCUCCUACAAUUCUGAUUCCACGAAU